GCAAUUUUUUCCCCCUACGGAAAUCUGAGACUUCAGGGUCUAAAUUCUGGAGCUCUUGGCGGCGGACUAUUCAGAAGCCACAAGCUACCAGACUUGAAGAUGCUGCGAGUGCAGAGGCCGAGAGUGGCCAGGCUGAGAGCCUGCCUCUUCAGAGGGCUCCACCACAAGCCAGUGAUGGCACUCCGGAGAGAGGAUGUGAAUGCCUGGGAGCGUAGGGCACCUCUGGCUCCCAAGCACAUCAAGGGCCUCACCGAACUGGGAUACAAAGUCUUGAUACAGCCUUCCAAUCGACGGGCCAUUCAUGACAAGGAGUAUGCCAGAGCUGGUGGUAUUCUUCAGGAGGACAUCACAGAAGCUUGUCUAAUUUUGGGAGUAAAAAGACCUCCAGAGGAAAAACUGAUGUCCAAGAAGACUUAUGCCUUCUUUUCCCACACAAUAAAGGCCCAGGAAGCCAAUAUGAGCUUGCUGGAUGAGGUCCUGAAACAGGAAAUUCGACUAAUUGAUUAUGAGAAAAUGGUGGAUCACAGAGGGUCUCGGAUAGUGGCGUUUGGACAGUGGGCGGGUGUGGCAGGAAUGAUCAAUAUUUUACAUGGAAUGGGUUUAAGGCUCCUUGCUUUGGGACAUCAUACACCUUUUAUGCAUCUUGGCAUGGCUCACAACUACAGGAACAGCAGCCAGGCUGUGCAAGCUGUCCGCGACGCAGGCUAUGAAAUAUCUCUGGGUUUAAUGCCAAGGUCAAUAGGACCCUUAACCUUUGUGUUCACGGGGACUGGCAACGUAUCAAAGGGAGCCCAGGCAGUCUUUAAUGAGCUACCUUGUGAGUAUGUGGAGCCCCAUGAAUUAAAAGAAGUUUCAAAAACUGGAGACCACAGGAAAGUGUAUGGGACGGUGUUAAGUCGCCAUCAUCAUCUUGUCAGGAAAACAGAUGGUGUGUAUGAUCCUGUAGAAUAUGAGAAAUAUCCCGAGCGCUACAUUAGCCGCUUUAAUACAGAUAUUGCACCAUAUACAACUUGUUUAAUUAAUGGGAUCUACUGGGAGCAAAACACCCCUCGUCUGCUAACGCGCCAGGAUGCUAAAAGUCUCCUGACCCCUGUGAAGUCUUCAGCUGCUCCUGUUGAAGGAUGCCCUGAAUUACCACACAAACUUGUGGCAAUAUGUGACAUUUCUGCAGACACAGGAGGCUCCAUAGACUUUAUGACUGAGUGCACUACAAUAGAGCGGCCCUUUUGCAUGUAUGAUGCAGACCAGCAUAUUAUUCACGACAGUGUUGAAGGCUCUGGGAUUCUGAUGUGUUCCAUUGACAAUUUACCAGCACAGCUUCCAAUUGAGGCUACGGAAUAUUUUGGAGACAUGCUUUACCCUUAUGUUGAAGAAAUGUUGCUAUCAGAUGCGUCGCAGCCCCUCGAAAGCCAGAACUUCUCUCCAGUGGUUCGAGAUGCAGUGAUUACAUCCAAUGGUAUAUUGACUGACAAAUACAAAUAUAUCCAGAAACUCCGAGAAAGCAGAGAACGCAUUCAAUCCCUUUCAAUGAGUACCAAGAAGAAGGUGUUGGUGCUUGGGUCUGGCUAUGUGUCUGGGCCUGUUUUAGAAUAUCUGUCAAGAGACAACAAUAUAGAAAUAACAGUAGGCUCUGACAUGACAAACCAAGUGCAACAGUUAAGCAAGAAAUACAAUAUUAACCCUGUUAGCGUGAACAUUGGUAAACAAGAAGAGAAGCUGCAAUCCUUGGUAGCAUCACAUGACCUUGUUAUCAGCUUGUUGCCUUAUGUGUUGCAUCCUGUUGUGGCCAAGGCAUGCAUCUCAAACAGAGUCAACAUGAUCACCGCAAGCUACAUCACACCAGCCAUGAAAGAACUGGAAAAGAGUGUGGAUGACGCUGGCAUCACAGUCAUUGGUGAAUUGGGAUUAGAUCCUGGUCUUGACCACAUGCUGGCAAUGGAAACAAUUGAUAAGGCCAAAGAGCUGGGAGCCACGAUUGAGUCUUAUGUUUCCUACUGCGGCGGCCUCCCAGCCCCUGAAUAUUCAGACAAUCCAUUGCGAUACAAAUUCAGCUGGAGUCCAGUGGGAGUCUUGAUGAACAUUAUGCAGCCUGCUAGCUAUCUGCUCAAUGGGAAGGUUGUGAAUGUGACAGGGGGAGUCUCUUUUCUUGACUCUGUCACAUCCAUGGAUUACUUCCCAGGCCUGAACUUGGAAGGGUAUCCUAACAGAGAUAGUACAAAAUAUGCUGAAAUUUACGGGAUUCCAUCUGCUCAUACAUUGUUGAGGGGAACACUGAGAUAUAAGGGAUAUUCCAAAGCUCUGAACGGAUUUGUAAAGUUAGGUCUCAUCAACAGAGAAGCAUAUCCUGCGCUCCAAUCUGAGGCCAACCCUCUCACCUGGAAACAGCUCCUGUGUGACCUAGUUGGGAUUUCCCGUUCCUCUUCAUGUGAGAAGCUUAAGGAAGUUGUCUUUACAAAGCUGGGAGGGGAUAGUAGCCAGCUGGAGGCUGCUGAAUGGUUGGGCUUACUGGGCGAUGAGCAAGUUCCUCAGGCAGAGUCCAUUGUGGAUGCGUUCUCCAAGCACUUGGUCUCAAAGCUCUCUUAUGGUCCCAAAGAAAAAGAUAUGAUUGUGAUGAGAGACAGCUUUGGCAUCAGACAUCCUUCUGGCCAUUUAGAAAAUAAGGUAAUCGACCUUGUGGUUUAUGGAGACUUCAACGGCUUUUCGGCAAUGGCUAAAACUGUGGGGUUGCCAACGGCCAUGGCGGCCAAAAUGUUGCUUGAUGGUGAAAUCAAAGCCAAAGGCCUCCUGGGGCCAUUUACAAAGGAGAUCUAUGGGCCAAUAUUGGAGCGGAUUAAAGCAGAAGGCAUUGUAUUUCAUACACAGAGCACAAUCAAGCUAUAAAUGGGCCUUUAUUUUUCUAGGCAUCACAGAUGUCAACUUGUGUAUGACGAAUAUGCUUGCUGACGUGCUGAAGCAUACGGCUUUAUGUUUUGAGCUUAACUUACUCAAAGCUUAACAGCGUAUGCUUUGAGUAAGUUAAUGGAAUGGUGUUUUUGAAACUCAAAUCUCUAUUUUAGUAAAACUUUUGGGGUAGAAGAUGUCAGUCAUUGCAGAGACCUUUAGUAAGUCUACUGUGUAUUUUGUGAAUAUGUAAAAGUGAUUGAUGAUCAUAGUUCGUUAAUUUAUUGUGCUUCUUCUUUUCUUUUAAGAACAUGUCAUCAGCAAUGUGUACUAUUCAUUUUGUCAGAAAAAUUUCAUGUAGUUAUAUUUUUGUAUUUUUCAAAUUGAUUCUGCUAGAUGCCUUUAAACCGACUUAUCUACAAACAAUUGCAGAAGUACUCUUUCAUGCCUUUUGUAAAGUUGUGAUCUAUUCAGUAAAUUUUUUUGAAAAUCAUUUUUCACAAAUUUUUGGAAAAGAGAAUUGAUACAAUAAAUUCCCAGUCCUCAUUAUCCUUUUAUUGGAAGCAGAGAAAGUGCUUGAAAAUCUCUAUCACCCUCCCAUGAUAAAAACAAAACAGAGAAACCCACCACAAAACACAUACAAAGCAAGAGUAGAAAGGGACGCCUUUAUAAAGGAUAGCCAUGGAAAACCCACAACUUGUAUCAUAUUUAAUGGCAAAAGGUUGAAUAAUUUUCACCUAAUACCACAAGACAGGAAUGUUGUCACUUGCCACACUGAUUCAACCUGUACUGAAGGAUUAGGGCAUGCCAAUGAGGCAAAAAAUAAAUAAAUAGAAAGAUAAAAAGCAUGAAACAUCUCUACUAGAAAGAAACAAAAUAAACUCUAUUUGCAUAGAAUCUCCAAGAACUGCAUAGGAAAUCAGAAGACAUAGUAAAAAUAAUGCAAAAGAAAACAUUUGAAUUCAUGAAUUCAGAAAAACUUCAGACGCAGGAACUACUUGCAGCAAUUGCCUUUCUGUAUAAUAUGAACCAAAAGUGGUUUUAGAAAAACAUCAAUAGCGUCAAAAAGAAAAAAAAAGGUAACAAGAUUGAGAGGUUAGGAGUGACACACAUUUUUAGGCUGCAUUGCCUUUUUAAAAGUGUGCUAAGACAACUCAGUGAAGAAAAAUGCUUUCUCAUCAAAUGAUUGAAAACAUGGAAAUCAGAAGCAAUGAAGUUGGAUAACUAUUUUACAGCAUACAUAAGAACUAAUUUUUAGACUCAUGAUGGGUCUAAAAAAUCUAAAAAGGAGUUAACAUUGUAAAAAUCUUAGAAUAAAAUAUAGGCAUAAAUCUUCAUGUGUUUGAAUUAGGCAAUGGUUUAUUAAGUAAUUGAAACAAAAAUCACAAACAUCAGAAGAAAAAAAUAGACUAACUGAUGUAAUAAAAAGUCAGAACUUUUGAGUUUCCAAGGAAUCUGCUGAAAAAUAAAAACACACCUCACUUUCAAAUAACCCAUAGAAUCAGAAUUAUUCCACAGUCAUUUAUUCAGAGAGGAAUAUGUAGCUAGAAUAAAUACAUAAAUAACUGUGAUAACUCAGCAUGAAAACAAUAACCCAAUUUUAAUAGUGUUCAGAAGUUUGGAGUUUGGAGUUCCCUAAAGAUAUACAAAAGUCUAAUAGUAUGGAAAGUGAAAAUUAAUUCUUCAGUGAGACACUGCCUUAUAUUCAUGAGAAUGGCAGGAAUCAAAAGAAAACACAUGUUAAUGUAGAUGCAAAGAUAUUUAAAAGAUUAUUGAAGGAUAACUAAGAAUGAUAGAUGCAAAUAAGUAUAAAAACAUGUACUUGGAUGUUAAUAGCAACAUUAUUUGCAAUAUCCCAUCAGUUAGGAAAUGAAUACAUUAAAUGUGAAAAACCCACACAAUGGACUAUUUCUCUAUAGCAGGAAAUAAGGUAUGUAUUCUGUAUGAUAUGGAUGAACAUUGAAAGUAUUCUGUUACACAAAAUGCCACUGAUUGUGUAGUUUCAUUUUUGUGACAUCCAGAAAAAAACACCUCUCUCUAUAGAGAAAGAUUCAUAGUUACCCAGUGCUAGGAGAAUUGAGAUGAAAUGGAUUGGAUACCAUGGAGUGACUGCUAAUAAACCAUCUAACAAUGGCAUAAUUCUGAAUAUACAAAAUUC